AUGCGUGGGAGUGUGUUAGAUAUUGUCGAUAAAUCUAAAGAUGAUUGUGUAAAUGUUCCACUAGACUCUAGUCAAGACGAUGACAAGAAAAGGAAAAAGAAGAAACUGUCAGAUUACGAAAUAAUUAAAGUAUUAGGCAGGGGAUCAUUUGGCGAAGUGGUCUUAGCUGAACAAAAACAUACUAAAAAUCUCUAUGCUUUGAAAAUGAUGGACUUAAACCUGUGCAAGACGUUAUUCGAAAAUGAGAGAAUGAUAUUAAAAAUCGCGAGGAAUCAGCCAUUUCUGGUUGGCUAUCAUGCAACCUUUACAACGUCCGAAAAUAUGAUCAUAGCAAUGGACUUUGUAAAUGGGGGUGAUUUGCGAAGCCUUAUCAAAAAGUUAGACAAGAUUCCUGAAAAUCAUGUAAGGUUCUAUGUAGCCGAGCUACUCCUGGGAAUUGUGCAUCGAGAUCUCAAACCUGGAAACAUAAAGAUUGACCAAGAGGGUCAUAUACGUAUAGCCGAUUUCGGUCUUGGCAAAAGUCGUUUUAUCGGAGAUUUGUUACUUCUUACCGGCAUAGAAGUAGAUAAAUUAUUGUGCCAUACAUGUUUAAGCUGCGGCAAGAAAAUCAAAGGCAGGUGUGGUACCCGGGCAUAUUUAGCCACCGAAAUCUUGCGGGGUGGAAGCUAUGAUUUUAGAGAGGACAUAUGGGCUCUUGGCGUAACCAUGUUUGAAAUGCUAACUGGUGAAAGGCCUUUCGAUAUGAAGCUUAGAAGAAAUCCUUGGCAGGGAAUAGUAGAUAGAGACCUUAAACCUGAGAACGUGAAGCUAGAGGUAGUCAUUUGGCGAAUCACAGAUUUCGGAUUGUCCAAAAAAGGUUUAAGCUGCGGGAAGAAAAUCAAAGGCAAAUGUGGUAACAUGUCCUAUUUAGCCCCUAAAAUCUUGGUGGAUGGAUGGUAA